AUGCUCAUCAAAGUAAAGACUCUUACCGGCAAAGAAAUUGAAAUUGAUAUUGAACAUGACGAUACGGUAGCAAGAGUAAAGGAACGUGUAGAAGAAAAAGAAGGUAUUCCGCCUGCUCAACAACGUCUAAUUCACGGCGGGAAGCAACUAACUGAUGAAAAGACUGUCAGAGAAGCUGGCAUAAAACCUGGUGAAGUUCUCCAUCUUGUGCUGGCUCUUCGUGGAUGA